AAAACAUGACUGACAUCUGUGAAGCUAUCAUGAGCAAUAAAUGCGAUGACAAGAAGUCAGCCGCUACUAAAGCMAUCUUUGAUAAAAUUGGAAGUUUUGGUAUUUUCCAAAAACUGUUCUUGGGCUUUAUGCUCUAUGUCUUCCUUGGCUGGGCAUGCUUCAGUGAUGCCAGUAUUUUCCUACUGACAGCCGAACCACCAUGGGAAUGCGUCGAGAAUAGCACAGUUUGUAAUGUAACAGGUCCGAUAGCCCCUGGCCAACCGAACUACGACUUCAGAUGCGGAAUACCUCGUGAGGAAUGGAAGUUCGUUGAUGAAUACACCUCACUUAUAACCCAGUUUGAUCUUGUGUGCGACAAGGCAGCUUAUGGUCCUGCUAUCAUCAUUACUGAUUCAAUUGGUGGAUUCUUCGGCUCGUUUGGCGCAGGAUUGAURAGUGAUAAAUUUGGAAGAAAAAAGGCCCUGUUCCUCUGUGGAUUUUUCGAAGUGACUUCAUUGUUUUUUCUGAGAUAUUCACCAGUAUAUGCUAUGGCUGUGGCUCUGAUAUUUUUCCAAUCACUAGGAUUAUAUGGAAUUAUUUCUUCAGGAAUUACUAUUCUCCUKGAGAGUGUUGGCAUUAAGCAGCGUCCACUCGCUGGCACCGGUUUGUGGAUUUCUUAUGGGUUUGGUUUCAUGUUCUUUGGAGGUGYUGGAUAUCUCAUUCGUGAUUGGAAGCUGUUUAUGAUGAUACUUGCUAUUUUGGGAAUGCCUCCACUACUGUUGUAUCGUUUAGUGCCAGAAUCUCUUCGAUGGCUCAUCGUCAAGGGAAAAAUACAAGAAGCUCGUCAGACUUUACAACGUAUCGCCAAUGUCAACGGUAGAGACGUUCGUGGCGAUGAAAUCAAUCUACCCAGCUACGAAAAGGAAGAAAAAUCUCUUGGAGAUGUUAGAGUUCUGUUCAGCAAAAAAUAUCUAGUAUCCACCUUGGUUCUUUGGUAUAACAGUUUGGUAGGUGCUAUGAUAUAUAACGGUCUACACUUCACUGCUCCCAAUCUUGGAGGGAAUAUGUACUUGAACUGGUUUUUGUCAGGAGCUGGAGAAACAUUGGGCACAAUGAUGUCCAUAUAUGUCCACACGAGAUUUGGACGAAAGAAAACAACUGCUGGGUGUGAAAUUAUGGCUGGUCUAGCAUCACUUGUAUCGGUGAUUAUAAUACUUUACGACGAUGGAAGUCAAGGAUUUCUCAUCGGUAAAAUCAUCUUCACRAUGUUGCUGGCCAAAUUUUUCAUUACGGCAGCUUACAGUGGAGUGUCAUUGUUUGUAGCUGAGAUUUACCCAACUCCUGUCAGAAAUGUCGCUCAAGGAGCUAUGUUAACGUUCGGAUGCAUUGGUUUUGCUAUCAGUGGCUAUAUAACAUAUCUGAUUCGUGUCCAUUAUAUUUUACCAUACGCAAUCAUGGCAGUAAACGCGCUUGUAGCAGCGUCGCUGUGUCUARUCUUCCUGAAGGAGACAAAUCACAUACCCAUACCUGAUGUGAUUGAAGACGAACCAGAGAAAGAAAAUCUCUCAGAGUACAAGUCGUCGAAUGGCCAAGACAUGACCAAAUUGGUCAAAGACACCGAGGCACAAUAAUCUGUUUAGCAUACGCCAGAUAGACAAGCUCACUACAUUGUUAUCACUGUAAUUGAAUCGUAUCGAACAACGUUGACUAGCUUCCUUUUGAAAGGCCCUUUCCUAGACAAUCAAUAUUAAGUUUCAAAGUUAGAGGAUAAAUCCCUGAUCAUUAAUACAGGUCCCUAACCAGAACUUC